UCUGUUAAAGUCAGGCAAGUCGGACUGGAUUGGGCGUUUUGUACGCAUUCCUGAAACAAUGUAGAUAGUAACGCAAGGUACUUUGUUUACGGAGGGCGUCUUUAUUUUUAGCGUCCCUGGGAAUGUUGUUAGGUAUUAUUAUAAUUCUGUCCCCCCCCCCGUUGAGUGAAACCGAUAGAAGACAGGGCACCUUACUCAACCGCUCCGACAAGACAAUUAAAAGGAAACGCGAAAACCAGAAUGACAAACUUAUUCAGCUGUUCGAGAACACAAACAGGAAUAAAAAAAAUAUGGAUGUUAAAGGUUAUUAGAUAAACAAUAAGAAAAUUGAAUAAGACAGGACGGACUUUUCUUUUAUCUCUUCAUGUCUAGACUAAUAUUAGAGCAUCUUGUACAUGGAAUGUGAGCGGACAUUCAAUGGUACCUUACGCCGAAAGGUGGGCGGCACGAUCCGGGUGUCUAACUCACACAGACGCCCGUCAGUAAUUGCGCGAACGGGCGCUGGGAGGCCACACGUGGCUGAGUACCGGCCCAACUCGUUUUUAUAGAAAUGGGCUGACAGGGAAUGUUUAAAUAAAGGGGACGGGGCUCUUUUCGGCAUUUAUGGACGCUAAUUGCCGGAUUUGGACCUGGCAAAGCACCGAGUCCAUGGCUACUAUAAUUCUGAGGUUUUGGAAACGAGUUAUCUAGAAGAGCGCAUGUAACUUAUCUGAUAUGUAUUUUUAUUUUGUAUUUUCUAUGUAAAUGAUUUUUUUUCUACAGUGUUGUGUAGUUUUGAAUCAUGCUGUCCGUUUUUGUAAUUUUUAGAUUAGUAUAAACAAAUUUAGUACAUUCCAUGAGUGAAUUGAUGCGAACGUUUGUUUUUCUUCGAGCACCACCGUUUUUAACGAUAAGAGCAGCUAGUAUUUGGACUUCACGCAGUUUGUUUCGCUUAUCCGACUGAGAGUCGCCCUGGACUGGAUACUGAUUAAAAAAAAAAACUAGACAGAUCCACGAACAUACUAGAAUCUCAAAGUUACUGGCAUCCCAGUGAAGUUUAUGCUCCUGUGAAAGAUUGGAGGACUGCUAUGGAGAGAUACCCUCACCCGUUUGUGCAUGAAGUACAACUGACCAGCGCGCAGAGAAUCAGGGGGGUGCUGCUGGGGGCAGUGCUUUUCCCUACACGUAUUGCCUUGGCUGCCCUGUUCUUCCUGCUCAUGUGGCCUUUCGCCAAACUACGAUUAGCUGGCCUGUCGGCAAAGGAGCGCGCCCAGCCGGUGCAAGGCUGGAGGCGCUGGCUGCUGCACCCCAUUAUCCUGCUGCUCAGCCGAGCCGUCUUCUUCUCCCUUGGCUUUUUUUGGAUCAGGAUCAAGGGUCGCAGGGCGGAGCCCCGGGAGGCUCCCUUAUUGGCUGUGGCCCCCCACAGCAGCUUCCUGGACAUAUUGAUACUCUGUCCGACUGCACUGCCCACUGUAGUGUCGCGUUCGGAGAACAGCAGCCUGCCCAUAAUUGGAGCGCUACUGGAGUUCAACCAGUCGCUUCUGGUGAGUAGGAAGGACCCCGAAUCCAGGAGACAAUGUGCAGCUCGGCUGAAGGAGAGGCUGACCUCGAAUGGCUGCUGGCCUCAGAUGCUGUUAUUCCCAGAAGGCACUACGACCAAUGGCCAAGCACUCAUCAAGUUCAAACCUGGGGCCUUCAUGGCAGGAGUUCCUGUGCAACCAGUACUGCUGAGCUACCCUAACAAACUGAAUACUGUGUGCUGGACCUGGAAGGGGACAGACUGGGUGGAGGUGCUGUGGCACACUUUAUCUCAACUGUAUACCAACAUCACCGUGGAGUACCUCCCAGUCUACACUCCAUCUCAGGAGGAGAAAGCAAACCCCACCCUCUAUGCUGCCAACGUACAGAAACUCAUGGCUGAGAAGUUGGGGAUCCCAGCCACUGAUUACGUGUUGGAGGGCAAGAUUCCAGUCCAGAGGCUGGGGUGUUUGUCCCUCCCUGUGGAAGCUCCAGGCAGAGAGACUCUAAACCUUCUACAGCGUGCAGGUCUUAGCACAUCCAGUGUGGAGAGCGCGCUGAGAAGGAUGAUGGAUCGCUGUCAGUCAGGCCCGGAAAGUUGUAUCGGCGCAGAAGAGCUCGGCCAGCUGCUGCAGCUGAAAGACAAGCAGAGAGCUGUGGACAUCUUUGGCCUCUAUUCAAAGGAAGGCCGGAUGGAUCUGAGACAGCUGUGCCUGAGUGUGGCCGCAGUCUCAGGUCUCUGGAGCCUGGAUUCCCUCAUUCGGAUUGCUUUCACUCUCUUUGAUGGGGACAGCAAAGGCAGCCUAACUUCUGCGGAGCUGAAAAACCUGCUGGAGGCACUCGUGGGUUUCUCACAGAACAACACGGAAGAGCUUUACUCGGGGAUAUCCAGCAGGGGGCAGCCAACACAAGAGGACCUGAGGACACUGCUGACAGACCAUCCCACUUAUCAGAAAUUGUUUAGGGAGUAUCUGAAACAUGUGGAUGUGUCAGGCCAUGGUAAGUUAGGAAAUGGCAUGAAAGAGCUGGUCAUCAAUGGAUCAGCUACAUCCCACAAGAAAGCUGACUAAUCAGGACAAAAAUGGGCAGGGCAUGAUCUGGGACUUCUAGCAGUCUUGGCACAUCCAGUGUGGAGAAUGCUUUGAGAAGGAUGACGGAUCGCUGUCAGUCAGGCCGGGAAAAUGCUGCAACUGAAAUAUGGUAUGUGUUACUGCAUUCUGCAAAGCUUUUAAGUGUCUGUUUGAAGCAAAAUGUAAUGCCUCACUGUAUAAAAGUGUAUGAAAGACUCUGAAUAUGAAGAAAACUGCUCUCAAAUUUUAUACGUCUUACAUAAAUGUUGUAUAGUUUGUCUAUUUAAUAAAUACAUUAUUGGGUAUGUGUUUUUAAGAAUUUUUCAAAUUGCAUUUAUUUUACUUUUACAAUUGCGCUGUAAAUGAAGAAUGUCAGAAUAUAUUAAAAGAUAUAACUGGAACAA